AUGGAACCUCGCGUCGGAAACAAGUUUCGGCUCGGCCGGAAGAUCGGAAGCGGUUCAUUCGGGGAGAUCUAUCUCGGUACUAAUAUUCAAACGAACGAAGAAGUGGCAAUCAAGCUUGAAAAUGUGAAGACUAAACAUCCACAGCUGCUCUAUGAAUCGAAGUUAUACAGGAUACUACAAGGAGGAACUGGUGUUCCAAAUGUCAAAUGGUUUGGUGUUGAAGGGGACUACAAUGUUCUGGUGAUGGAUCUACUCGGACCGAGUCUUGAAGAUUUGUUCAACUUCUGUAGCAGAAAACUUUCCUUGAAGUCGGUCCUCAUGCUUGCAGAUCAAAUGAUCAACCGUGUUGAGUUUUUUCAUUCAAAAUCUUUCCUUCACCGAGAUCUCAAGCCUGACAAUUUCCUCAUGGGCCUUGGAAGGCGAGCCAACCAGGUAUAUAUCAUCGACUUUGGUCUUGCUAAGAAGUAUAGAGAUAGUACAACACAUCAGCACAUUCCCUACAGAGAAAACAAGAACCUGACAGGAACUGCGAGAUAUGCUAGUAUGAACACUCACUUGGGAAUUGAACAAAGCCGAAGGGAUGAUCUCGAGUCUCUUGGCUACAUCCUAAUGUAUUUCCUCAAAGGAAGUCUUCCAUGGCAAGGACUGAAAGCUGGAACCAAAAAACAAAAGUAUGAGAGGAUUAGUGAAAAGAAAGUUUCCACAUCCAUUGAGGCGUUAUGUCGUGGAUACCCAUCUGAAUUCGCGUCCUAUUUCCACUACUGUCGAUCGCUUCGCUUUGAUGAUAAACCAGAUUACGCUUAUCUCAAAAGGAUAUUCCGAGAUCUCUUUAUCCGUGAAGGGUUUCAGUUUGAUUACGUAUUUGACUGGACCAUCUUGAAGUAUCAACAAUCACAACUAACCGCUCCUCCAUCUCGUACCCUUAAUCCUGCGGCUGGAACAAGCGCUGCUCUGCCUCCGGGCAUUUCCAACAUCGAUAGACACACAGGCGAGGAAGAAGGUCGACCGGUCGGUUUCUCGCAUGUGGAAUCAUCUCGACGGAGAGCUUCAGGCGCUCUUGAGAACUCGGGGAAUCUUUCGAACCAACAGACAUCCUCAAUGACUAGAGACUCCAUGAUUCCGAGCUCCUCGUUGUUUGCACAAUCAGGAGGAUCAUCGAGGAGAGUGACGGCGGUGAGUAGCAGCCGGGAUAAUUUGAUAGGCGGUGAGGAGUUGCAGAGACGUACAGGUGAUGCCAGCCGCGGAGGCGUGAUCCCGAGGAAUUCUCCGGGGGAGGCUGCGAAGAGGUCGUCUUCCUCCACAAGAAGACACUACGAAUCAGCUGUUAAAGGCAUCGAUAAUCUUCAAGUCUCCGACGAAAAGUUUCACCACCACCACUGA